AUGGAUCACUAUCUAACAACUUAUCGGAAGGACUACCUGUGGCCGAACUUACCGGGGGCGAAGACCGGGGAUGGCGCCGCGCAAGGCACUAUUGCUGAAGUACCAAAGCUCUCUGGUCAAGAGCUUGCCUUCUACCAAGCAUGUAUGCAACACACGCGCCCCCCAGACUGCAGGUGUCCACAGUACUCUGGCGAAGAGAUGCCGCACUUACCCCCCGGGAAAGAAGGGGGGUGGAGUCGUAACGAGAUAAUGGGCCCGAUGUUGGACCCCAAGCUGUACCCGGUCCGCACGGGCGCCAGUCCCGAGACGCCCACCUCCAGAUACGACCAGCCCAACGCCUUCUUAGAUAAGUUACAGAGCAAGUACCCGAUGCUGUACAGCAUCUUACAGAAUGAGGCCUCUCCGGAGCUGAAGCAGCGCAUCGACCGAGAUCGUAAUAAAACUACUUAUCAAGUGGAUUAUUGUGAAGCUGGUCCGGGGGCCCAGUUCGACAACCUGCAGCGCGCGGCGGACGCGAGCGGCGUGGGCCCCUGCGCGCAGCCGCUGCGGCUGCCCGGCGACCCCUGCCGCGAGGGCCCCGCGCCGCGCCGUGCCACGCCACGCACUAUGUCCAAGGGGCCUCAGAGUGCCGGCGAGACGAGGGCUAAAUGCGAAACAACGGCGGCCGUACCGCCGCUGGGCAAGACUGAAUACCAAGAUGGCGUCUCGAAGCUCGGCGCCAUCAUCAUGCGCGACAAAUUACAUAGAAGA